GUUGGAAACAUAGCCGCACGGUAAAGCGGCAAAUACCAAACCAAAAGUAAAUAGCGACAAUAGAAACCAGUUCAUGUUUGUAGCUUGAGUGGUGAAGAGCGUGAUUGCCGAAUAUCGCUGCUCUCUGUCUCGAUACGAUCGUAUAUACACGGACGAACGAACCGAUUGAAAGAAGUGGCAACAAGUGUUUGUGUAUAAGUGUACGAUAGUCGCGCUUUAAGUUCAUUGUUCGUGCAAGUGAUUUUUUUUUGUAUACCUCCACGACAUUCGCCGUCUUUUUCUCCGGAUUUUUUUUUGUAUUAUAAUACAUUUUCUUUACCACAAAAGUGAUUCAUUUGUGUAUUGAUCAUAUUAUAUCGAAAUGUCAUUUCAACGUAUAAAAAUGAAAAAAAGAAUCAAAUGCAUUUGAAUCAAAUUAAUCGGCGAUCACGAAAGAUGAUUCAUUUGUUGGUUUCAUACCAUUUGUUUUUAUAAACCCAGUGCGACAAAAUUUAUUUGUUUUUCGAUUUCAAUCAAUGGAAAUAUUAUGAUGAAUCGUGACAUGAAAUGGCUGAUGUUGUUAUUUUUUCCCCUUUGGGACAAUCGAAUCAUCUCAUUUGUGAAUAAAACAUACUAAAAUCAGACAUAAACUUCAAAAUAAUUUCAUAUUCAAACAAACAAACGUGUGAAACAAACACAAGCAGCAAAAGGAUGGAUAUGAGUCAUCAAGAAACGAUUGCAUCGAUUUACCAUUUUCUGAAAAUUUGUGUGUGUUAAAUUGAAAAUUACUAGAAAAAAAAAUUAUAUUAUAUUAGUAUAUAUCUAUCUAUAUAUAUAAUAAAAGUGAACAAAGGUAAUAUAUAUAACGAACAAAACUGUCCAAAUAAAUAAAACGUAACCAUGGAUACAAAACAGUGUCGACGCUUUCAGUAUAGCGUCAAAAUGUAUUUCACAUUGAUUUUAUUGAUCGUACAAAUAAUAAAUGCAUCGACCGGCCAUGAUGAAAGUGCCAAUAAUAAUUUGAAGUUAAGCAAUAAUUUGGAUUCGCCGCGACGCGAUAUCGCAUCAGUAUCGGUGACCGAAGUGAAUCGUAGUCGAAAUUUGCGACAGGCCCUUGGUCAGGCCUAUGAUGAUAAUGCAUACCAAUACAGGGAAAUUGUGCCGUCCCAUUCGUAUAAUCAUGUGCAUAGUGAUUUCGAUAAUAGUGUUGAACGAAAUAGUUCCGAUAAUCGUAAGCCAGCCUUUAAUGGAUGCAAAGAUUAUGCACCAAAAGUGAAGGAAGAACAACAAUGGAAUACUUUUGUGAUAAAAGUCGAUGCCGAAGAUCCAGACGAAUAUGAUCACAUUACGUAUAGCUUUGAAAAGUCAGCAAACGAACGGGCCAAAUUUCGUAUCAAUGAAAAAACCGGUGAAAUCGUCACGUCAUACACAUUCGAUCGAGAUGAACCGAUACGUGAAAAGGAGGUUUACGUAACAGUUCGAGCAACAGACAAUGGACGACCACCACUCGAUGAUGUAUGCACAUUUAAAAUUACCAUCGAAGACAUAAACGAUAAUCCACCCGUGUUCGAUAAAGUGAAAUAUGAACAAUCAAUACCAGCCGAUUUGCCAGUGAAUAAAGUUGUGAUGCCAAUCACAUCGUACGAUUUUGAUGAUGGUGAAAAUAGCAUCAUCAAAUACGAAUUGAUGCCAGAAAAAGACUAUCGAUACUUUCGCAUCGAUGAAAACAAUGGUUUAAUUUACCUAUCGCAACCAAUUGAUCGUCGCCCGGGCGCAUAUUACAAUGUUGUUGUGCGUGCUUCCAAUAUUGUACCCGAUAGUCCGCAAGAUGCUCAAACCGAUGUACGCAUUAAAGUUAUUGAAUCUCACAAAAAGCCGCCAAUUUUCUUGGAUUGGCCCACAUCACCGAUUUAUUUGCAAGAGAAUUUUACUGAUUAUAGCAAAAGUUUGGUGACCGUGCGUGCAAUGUCGAAUGUACCCGAUAAAUCGGGUGUCAUUUUUGAAUUGAUAACCGGUCGUACGGAGCAGACAAACAGCAAAAAAACAUUUGUGUUUAAUCAAAGUGAUGACACAGCAACAAUCAGUUUAGGUAAAUCGCUCGAUUACGAGGUCAUCACCGAAUACACGCUAACAAUGAGCGUCCGAAAUACAUGGGAUUCAAGCGCUGAAGUUAUCAUCAAAAUUAAAAUCGAAGAUGUUAAUGAUAACAUUCCGUAUUUUACGGAAGUUACAAGUGGCUCGAUUUUGGAAAAUGAACCACCCGGUACUCCGGUAAUGCAGGUCGGUGCAUUAGAUAUGGAUGGAACAUCGGCAAAUAAUAUUGUUUCAUUCGAAUUGGCUGAUCAUACGGAUCUCUUUACCAUUGAUCGACAUACUGGUAACAUCACAGCACUUACAACAUUUGAUCGAGAAGAACGCGACUAUUAUAAUGUAAAAGUAAUUGCCACCGAUAAUGCGCCAUCGAGUCUUUACAAUUCCGGCAAACCAAAUGUGGGACAACAAGUAUUUCGCAUUGAGAUUGCGGAUAAAAAUGAUCAUGCACCACAUUUCGAGAGUCCACAGUAUGUUGUCAGCAAUUUACUUGAAGAUGUUAAUCAAAAUUACAAAGUUGUUGAAGUGAAAGCGGUUGAUGACGAUGCAGCAUCGCAAAUUGUCUAUACCAUUGUUAACGGAAACAUUGGCAAUGCAUUCAAAAUUGACAGUAUUACCGGUAUAAUAAGUGUGAACGCCACUCUGGACUAUGAAAAUAUUACGGACUAUUCGUUGCGUGUACGUGCUUAUGAUGGAAUUUAUGAUGAUUUCACAAUGGUUAAAAUAUCAAUCGAGAACAUAAACGAUAAUCCACCAGUAUUUGUGCAAGAAAAAUACAGCACUACAAUAAACGAAGAACAAAUUAUUGAGGAAUGCAUUUUGAAUAUUGAGGCUUUUGAUCCGGAUAUCAAAGACCGAUCAGCACCACAGUACAUUAAAUAUUUUAUUGUUAAAGAAGAACAACAACCAUUAUUAUCAAUUGAUACAACUGGAUGUUUGCGAACACUGAAGCCGCUCGAUCGCGAUGCGCCAGCUGGGCAUAAAAAUUGGCAAAUUGUUAUUGCAGCGGUCGAUGAAGACGGAAAAGGUUUGAGGAAAUCAACCGAAGUAAUUGUCACAUUGAAUGAUAUUAAUGACAAUGCACCAUUCCUAACGAAUCAUAUGCCAGUCAUUUGGUAUGAAAAUCAACAAGCUGGAAACAUUGUUCAAUUGACAGCCGACGACUACGAUGAACCGAAAAAUGGUGCACCAUUCUCUUAUGCCAUUGAUUCGAAUGCAAGUGAUGAUAUUCAACGGAAAUUCAGUGUGGUUAAUGAGAAUUUAGUUGCAUUAGAUGUUUACGAUCGUGAAGAGCAAAAGGAGUAUUUUAUUCCGAUUAUGGUCACUGAUUCGGGCUAUCCAGAUCACAUGAAAAAUGUCAGCAUUUUACAUUUGAUUAUUGGCGAUGUAAAUGAUAAUCCAAUGAAAGAAGGCAAGAGUAACAUUUUUGUAUACAAUUACAAGGGCGAAGCGCCCGACACCGAAAUCGGUCGUGUUUAUGUUGAAGAUCCGGAUGACUGGGAUUUGCCAGACAAGAUAUUUAAGUGGAAAGAAACCGAUCAUCGAUUUGAAUUGAAAGACGGUAUGAUUACGCUGCGCGAGGGAACACCGCCGGGCGUUUAUAAUCUAUCCUUCACGGUAACCGAAGAAAGUCUGUUUGUACCAAGGCACAGUGUUGAUGCUCAAGUGACUGUUACAGUGAAAGAGAUACCCGAAGAAGCUGUUGACAAAAGUGGUUCGAUUCGUCUAUUCGGAAUAACCGCUGAAGAAUUUAUCAGACCAAAACGACAAGCAAAUGGUAACGAAAUUAGCUUGAAAGAUCAAUUCGGAAAUAGUUUGGCUCGUAUACUAAAUGUAUCAAUUGAGAAUGUUGACGUUUUCACUGUGUUAAAGAAUGACAACGCAUCUGUAUUGGACGUUCGAUUCUCGGCACAUGGCAGCCCAUACUAUGAAGCUGAACGACUCAAUGGAAAAGUGCUGUUGAACCAGCAUGCGCUUGAAAAGGAGCUUGGAAUUCGAAUGUUAAUGGUGAAUAUUGAUGAAUGUCUUAUCGAGCGUAACAAAUGUCAAGGAGCCUGCACAAAUGUGCUUCAUAAAUCUAGUGUUCCAUUGCUGGUGUAUACAAAUACAACAUCAUUUGUGGGCGUAAAUGCAUUCAUUCAGGCCGAGUGUACGUGUAGUGCUCCUGCGCGGCCUGUCUGUCUAAACGGCGGAACAUUGCUCAGCGAUUUUUGCAUAUGUCCAGAAGGUUUUGAAGGACCACAUUGUGAGAUAAUCAGUGUUGGUUUUAAUGGCAAUGGAUAUGCCAUGUAUCCAUCGAUCAAUCCUUGCGAUUCUAUGAAAAUAACACUUGAUGUUAUUCCAAAUUUAGAUCAUGGAUUAAUCAUGUACAUUGGACCCAUUAAUUAUAAUCCAUUGUUGCCAGUAUCCGAUUUUCUGUCACUCGAACUGAUCAAUGGAUAUCCAGUUUUGUAUAUCGAUUAUGGCACUGGAACAACGAAAAUCGAACACAAACAGAUUAAAUUCGUGUCCGGAAAAUUGCAUCAAAUUGAAAUUUUAUUACAAAAAACGAGCAUUGAAAUGACCGUGGACAAUUGUAAAAUGUCGAAUUGCUUGACGUUGGGCGCGCCAGUUGGACCAAAUGAAUUUUUAAAUGUAAAUGCACCGCUACAAUUGGGUGGUGCUGCCACUGAUCUCAGAGCACUUGCAAUGCGUUUCAAUUGGGCCCAUAUACCGACAACCAAAGGCUAUCACGGAUGCAUCAAGAAUUUAACAGUUGAUGGUCGUACAUACAACAUUGGUACGCCAAGCUUAUCAAAGAAUGCCGAUCCAGGAUGUCAACGUUCGGUUGCGGUUGCCGUUUCAUUUGGAAUUAAUACAAACUUUUUGAUUGCAAUUCUUGUAUGCUUGGCCAUUUUGCUUGUUCUAUUCUUGGCUGUGGUCGUACACAAACGACACCACGACGGAUGGCAUGAAAAAGAUAUGGACGAUAUUCGCGAAACAAUUAUCAAUUACGAAGAUGAAGGUGGCGGCGAACGAGACACCGACUACGAUUUAAAUGUACUGCGAUCGCCUCCAAUCUAUGAAGAUAAAUCAUUUGUCAAAGAUCAUAUGUUGCGUCAAGAGCCGCAUGACGUUGUACCCGAUAUUGGUGGCUUUUUGGUUGACAAAAAAGACACAUGCGAUAAAGACACCGAUGCCCAUCCACUCGACGAUGUUCGACAUUAUGCAUACGAAGGUGAUGGCAAUAGUUCACGCAGCAGUCUAUCUAGUUUGGCAUCUUGUACAGAUGAUAAUGAUUUAAGUUUUGAUUAUUUGUCGAAUUUCGGGCCAAGAUUCCGAAAAUUGGCCGAUAUGUAUGGUGAAGAACCGUCCGAUGUUGAUUCAGCUGUUGACGACGAAGACUGGAGAAUAUGAUCUUAUUCAAUGUACGUGUAUUCACGUUAUUAAGAACGAAAUCCCAACAAAAACAACAACAACAACUAAAAACUAUCUACAAAAUCGAAUAGCGAACAUUUAUUAUGAAUCAUUUGCAUCACGAAAAAAUUGAAUGCGAAUAAAACACAAAAACAACAACAAAAAAUACAAACUCAAUUCAAUCGAACAUUUUCAAUCUAAGGUGCCAAAAUCAUCUCAAUGAUAAACAUCAAGCAACAGCGCACCAUCACCGAAUAGAUUGAAUUACGUCGAACAAAGCAAGCAUGAAACAAAACAACAACAAAAACAAAAAGGCAGCAACAACAGCAGCUAAUAAAAAUAGUUCUACGUUAAAUUAUAAAACAUAAGGAAAACUCAAUCAUAUAAGUAGUCGCAUCGCCAAAGACUUCAUUAACUGACAAGUCGAAUAAUGCGGUAAUAAUCAUACAAAAUUUCCAAAGAAAUGAAUUUAUCGUCGAUUGUUAAAGAAUAACAAAACGUAUUCGUUGCAUGAAAUAUUGGACAAAUGUCAACAAGUCUUCGACUUUUUCGGUUCGUUUUAAUCAUAUCAAUCGUUUUCGGAUUGAGAGAAAGAUAGAAAUAUUUUGCGAAAUGAAGAAGAUUUAAAUUGCAAAACACAUAUAAGCACAACUACACGUAAAGCAACGCGGUACAUUUCUUUUCUUAUCGAAUUUUUUUUUUCAAUUCGCUAAAUUGAAUGAAAGUAUGGAUGGUGGACGAGCGUGCAUUUUUCACACAAAUAUAGACAAACACAUUCACCAUAUUUUACACAGUGAAAUCGAUGACAGACAAAAGUCAAUUUACAUUUAUGUAGAGAAUAAUAUGUGGGUCAAACGAAGACCGAUGAUAAAACAAUUUUCCUUUAAAAUUUAAGCCUAGAGGGUAUUACACGUGUACAUUAUUUACAUAUGCAUUAGAUCAUAGGUCAUGGAAAUUUAAAUAAGCUCACAUUCCCAAUGCUGAGAUAAGCAAAAAAGACUUAAUUUUACGCCUAAAAAAAUAAAUAUAUUGAAAA